AUGUUUGUUGACAAACCUGUUACUCUCCUAUGGAAAUCACACUCAUACAUAGCAGGUACAUCGAUCGUUGACGUGUACCCGUACGAGGUAACAUCCGACUUUACGGUAUAUCUCAUCGACACGCCCGGCUUCGACGAUACUGGAAGAAGUGACACUGAAGUCCUUAGUGAGAUUGCUGCUUGGCUCACAGACUCUUACAAGCACAAAAUUCGUCUUCAUGGCAUAAUUUAUCUCCACCGAAUAUCCGAUGUUCGUAUGCAAGGCUCAGCUAAAAAGAACUUGGUCACAUUUAAAGAGCUGUGUGGUGAAGAUGCGCUGAAGAAGGUGGUUUUGGCGAGCACUAUGUGGGAUAUAGUCCCUGCAGACAAAGCUACAAAAAGAGAGCAAGAGCUCAAAGACACGCCGGAAUUUUGGGGAUGGAUGCUUUCAAAGGGCAGUUCAAUUCACCGAUACAACAACACAGCAGAAUCUGCUAGAGAAAUUAUCCUCUCGCUAGCCGGCCACAACGCGCCAAUAGCCACCGAUCUUCAGAAGCAGAUGGUCGACGAAGGGAAGAGUCUGGACGAGACCUCGGCUGGCCAAGGACUCAAGAGUGAACUCCUCAAAGAGCGACAGAAAUUAACCAAGGAACGCCAGGACCUUCAAGCACUAAUUAAAGAGGCACAGAAAGAACACGACGUCGACACGGAGGAGGCUCUACAAGAAGAGAAUUUGGAGAAUCUCGUCGCCAAGCGAGAUUUGCGCGUUGCAGAAAUGACCAAGGAGAUAAGGGAAGUCCAGACUGAGUACGAGACCAACUUCAGGUUGAUGACAUUGGAAGAGAUCAAACUGAACAAGGAGAAAGUGGCGUUAGAGAAACGACAAAAGCAACGACAAGGGAAGUCGGGCUCAAAGGCAGCAGCCAGCGCUCAAGAGGCUGACCCACCACUACCUGGACAACGUCCAGAAGCGGGAGAAGGAGAUAUUCCUGCCCCUAAGAUUGGAGUGUCGGUAUCUAUUAGCAAGUCCUUCUACAUCUUGCAGAGCCCUCUUUGCUGGAGUUGGUAA